AUGCACUUUCUGCUCGCAGUAUUCCUACUUUUGGGCCUUGUACCGCCCGUAUUUCUCUACUGUGCUCAGUGCGGUGGCUUUCAAAAACGAUACAACUUUAAUUUUGAGCAAUUCUUCAAGAAUGUCAAUUUUGGAGCACUCGCUUCUGGCAGCAGCAACGGCGCCGGUGGAAAUGUGCAGUUCUCGAGCUAUGGGUGAGUCUGACUAUCAACAACGACCAAAAAAAAAACGCCGUCAAAUUUCAGAGUUCCACGUCAGCAACAGCGCAUCUUGAACAUGUACGGUCAAGACGCGGAGGCGUUCGGCUCGGCCAUCGGAAAAUCGAUCGGUCAACGCAUUCAACAGGUGAAACUUGAUGACACUUUUUGCCCGAAAGAAACAUGGUGUGCGUGUGCGCGGACGAGAUUUGCAUUUGCACUUAAUUUUUUCUGGCUGCCGUACGGAAGUGCGGGAGCAAAUAUAUAACGAGGGGGGCGAAGGGGGAUCAAAAAUUGCUUUACAGAACGAGAUUUAUGCUCUGUUCUUUUCGGCGGUUUUAUUGGAAAUUUGCAGGCGUACGCGCAGCAGCAGGAGCCCACGACCGCCUACGACAUCGAGUUCACCGCCCCGUCUUCCAGUUCGUCCGCCUCGCCGUCGACACUUCAGACGGCGCCGCCGACGUCGUCGGGCUCCGUGAGCACGUCGCGUCACUCGACGCAUCCGCCAGAGGACCUGCCCACCGUCCAACAAGCCUUUCAGCAGGGAACCCACGGAUUCGGCCACUCGAGCGCCGCGCCCGUCCUCACCUUCUCCAGCGGUCCGAAAGGCGCGAACAGCUUCGGCGGACUGCCCGGAAUGCUGCCACCGCGCGGCGCGCAAUCCGAAGACUGUCCCUGGUGCGGACUCAGCGAGGCGUGGAGGGCGAAACGAAAAGAGUCAGAGGAGAAGAGCUCGACUUGA